AUGCAUGCGAACUUGGCAACACCGCGUGAUAUAUCCACCCGCUUCCACGCUCUUUUGUCGCUGCAUACACAUCGGCACUUCUUGGAGCUUUCAGGUAAGUACUAUCAUGCUUGUAAGACUCUUACAAUAGAACGGUCAGACACGAUUUCAGCUCUGUAUCAAGUCAGCAAUCGUGCUACUGGGAAGCUUACUCUUGACGAGCUCGCCAACUACAGGUAUACGAAUUGGCUGAACCAUAGGAAUCAGAUCAUACUGCGCGAGCGUCCAGUGCUGCAAUCAAGCCUCGACUGGCAGGGAAAAUGGAUAAGACAGGACAAAAAUCUCUCAACACCUUGGACGCUCUGGGGCUCGGCCUUAAAUAUCUGGAUCGAAGCCCACUCGUGCUUUAGACUUCUGGCCCGCGAUGAGAAGAUCCGUGACUUACUUGAUCUGGAUCGUCUUGGUCUGCAAAUACUCAUUCAGACCUUCAAGACCACCCUCACAACCAUACCCAGAUUGCUUCACACCACCGAAUGGAGUGUCCGGAGCAGGGAAGUACCAGUCAUUGACCGCAAUGGUUCUGAUCACGAGACGGCCGUCGAGUUUAACCACCUCCCUAAGAUCUCGUUGACAGCUUCCGGCUGCUCCUACAGUACCCAAUGGCCAGCGUCAAGUGGAUCAAUACCCAGAUUAGUUCCGGGAAAAUAG